AUGUCGCAGGUGAUAGCCAUGGCCAACAGACUUCAAGAGGCGGAACAAACGAUCCUAAGAUUGAAGGAAGCACUGGAAGCAGGAUCUUCACCAGCUCUGCAGCAGGCGGAUCCGAGUACCUCCCCAGCGAUAGAAGCACGGACAGAUCGCAGAAACAAUCCUAUCGAACACCAAGGCCAGUUUUUGUCCAAAGAGCCUACCUCGGAAGAAUUGCUAUCAGACUUGAGUCUUGAUGAGCAUGGCAAAAUAUCGUAUUAUGGACCCACGUCCGCUAUUUAUGAACCUCCAGCACUGGAUGCAUCGGCUGCGCAUUCCCAGUCCGAGGAUGAGGUGUCUUCCAAGUCGAAUAUCCGGACGCUACUGACCUGGAAUGCGGAAGAAUAUCGAUCCUGGGAAGAGUUUGCCCAUGGCAACGCUUCCAUUGAGAGUGGCAUCCCACGUGCGAUUAUUUCCAAUUUACUGCAAAUCCAUUGGUCCUGGAUUGCCCCCAUGUUCAUGUGGGUAUACAGACCAGCUUUCAUGCGGGACAUGACAACCGGUGGCCAGUAUUACUCGCCUUUUCUUCUCACCGUCCUCUGCGCACAUGCUGCACGCUUUCACGAGGGCGAGGUAGGCGAAAUGCUCAUCUGUAGGGCACGCUUACUUCUGGGCCCAGAAAUUCAAAAGCCAACCUCGAUCCCCACCGUGCAGGCCUUGCUACAGCUCAGUGCUCGAGAGAUGGCGUAUGGGUCCACGUCGCAAGCAUGGCUUUACGGCGGGAUGGCUUUUCGAAUGGUCAGCGAUCUAGGUCUUCAUCACAAUAGCGGCAAAGUAUUGAAAUUGGGAUAUCUCAGCCCAGAAGAUGGGGAGAUACGGAGACGACUAUUUUGGAGUUGUUAUUUCUGGGAUAAGGCUUUAAGUCUCUAUCUAGGGAGAUCGCCCGUGUUACUUGAACUACCUUUUGAUCAUAGCCCUGAGUUCUUGGACACGUUCGCCGAAAAUGAACUGUGGUCUCCAAAUUAUGGCGACAUGCUCAACUUGAGUAGAGUCUCUGUCGGAGAGUAUCCGCCAAUGAAGGCUCAUUCUAUUUCUUGCUUCGAAAACUCCUGCAAACUCGCCGUCAUUUUAAAUGAUAUUAUCCUCCAACUCUACUCUCGACGUGGUUCUCCAGACAUGAGUGAGACGUUGCGAAUCAGAGAGAGGCUCGACGACUGGCGAGAAAAUUCACCGCAACAUCUAAAAUACGACCCAGAAAAUUUACCGGAAUUCUGUCCUCCGCCGCAUAUCAUGACCCAGAACCUCUUCUACUACGCAAUCAUCAUAUUGCUGCAUCGGCCAUUCUACUCGGCCCCUGCGCGUCAUCUGGCCUGCAGAAAGGCGGCAGACAGCCUUGAGAAGAUGCUUUUGCUCCUUGAGAAGACGUUUGGCUUCAACCGUAUCACAUACUUGAUGGCGUACUGCAUCUACACUGGUGCAUCAGUCAUGAUCAAGGAUGUCAAGGCCGGUGACCUCGAAGCAAGCAGCAAGAUGCAAACCUUCCUCCGAGCGCUGAAGCAAGGUACCAAAACAUGUCCUCUGCUUCAACGGAGUCUGGAUAUCAUCAAUAACAGCUUGCACUCUAAACCUCCACGAUUUGCACAUUUGAAUGACAAUGCACCUGCAGAAGAUCUAGUUACGGCGAAUUAUCUGCCAGCUUUCCCUUAUCUUGAUCCAGAGGUUACGAAUCACCUUACGACAGAUCAGCAUCCCAGCAGCAUGGACCUGGAUGCAUUUUCAUUCCUCGAUUCUUUUCCUGAGCAGCACAUCAACACUGCCACAGGGGAAUGGUAUCUUGGAUAA